CUGUAAGAAAUAGUGGGUAUUUUUGUUUUUGUUGUUUUAUCUGAUGUAUGUAGUCAUUUGGGCAAUUUAGUAUUUUAAAGGAAGAAUCUUUAAAAUGUUCAAGGUGUCUUUAGUUACAGAUGAUUUCAAUUAGGUGAUUGUCUAAUUUAGUUACAAAGUGUUUAUCUGUUGAUUUGAAGGAACAUGCCAUUAAAACUAAUUGAACAUAAUGUAGAAGAAAACUUUGAACUCUGGGUGAAACGCAAAGCAAAUAUUUGCCCACUCUGAGAUAAAUUUUGUUAACCUAAGAUACAUGUAAUUUUUGUAUGGUUCAUGCUAAAACUAUUGAAUUGGAGAUAACUGUUGCUGGUAAGGUAGAAAGAAUAUAAACUGCAAAUUCUGACAAAGUUAACCAAGUAUAUAAACUCUUGUUUAAAAAAAAGUGUAACUAACUUGUAACACACUAUAUCAUAUCCCAGUAGUAAAGGGAUGAAGUUUGAAAUAACAGCCUGUUGGCCUAUUUUCUGAAGUUAUAACAAUGACUUUGUCAAGGCCUUCCAAUAAGCUCUUAAGUACUGGAGGUUACUCCUCAUGGAAGUAUUUGUUGCUGUAACCAGUUUUGCAGUCUCAAAUCAAACUUCAUUUUGUUAAAAUCUUUAAAGAAUCAUUUAGAAAAGGAUAACAAAAUGGCACAGUUAAAAUAUAUUGGCUACUUUGGUGUGGAUUAUCAAAUUUUGGAAUAAAUGACUUUUCUAUUUUUUUUCUUAUUUUCCAGAAUACUUUGCAUUUAAAAUUUAGAUCUUCUUACAUGGAAGAGGUCAAAUCCAGUUAUAGCAAAACACCUUUACAGCAGAGGCCAUAUAACCCAAAAGUCCAAAGGCCCAGUGGACCAUUUACUUCAAUGAUGUCCAGUACAAAUUCCACUGCCACUAAAGACUUGGGAAAGUCCCACUUAAGUUGUAACAGGAUUUGACUAUUAGGGUGGAUUUUUAUAACUAUUUCUUUAGUUCAUAAAUGAUCUUUAAUGCUGGAAUUUGCUCUAGAGAAGUACCUUGGUUUCUUGCAACAUUAAUCUUUUGUCUGAGCUUUCAUAUAGAAGAUUGUAUUUUCUGAUACCUUAGUAUGUUGUCUAUUUACCUAUCUGGGGUUGCCUUCAGAUGUGGGUGGGUAUUUGCUUAUGAAAAGUCUAGCAAGACAUUUGGUUAGAAUUAGAUUUCUUAUUUAUUUUAAACUCCUUUGGCAGAAUAAGAUUGGGGGCCUAUGAGAGGUAAAUAGGCACAUUGACGCUGCUGUGGGCUAUCUUUGAGCAGAGCAACUGUCCUUUUUUAAGGGGAAUGGAAUUAAUUUUUACCUUUUCCCCUAAUUUAUAGGUAGGACUUAGGUUUUAGCCAUUUUAGAAUUCUUUGUUCCUAAGAAAUAGUGUCAGGGUUUCAAACAUCGAAGUUGGAAUGUUAAUUGUUGCCCUUCUGAGCAUCGGAGUUGUUUUGACUUCUAUAUAAAUAAUGAGUGUAGCCUAAUUUUCUGUCAUGUGCUACCUAGCAUAUUUCUGACAGUCAGGUGGAUUAUCUUGAAAUUUUAGACAAAGUUUCUGCCUCCUUGGAAAGCUCUACAUCUCCUUGUGAUUGGAGUGUGGGUUUCAAGAUUCCAGAAGGUGGGUGUCUUCAUUUUCUAUUUUCAAUGCACUCUAAGAUGACCUGCUUACAGGUUCUCUGAGGCAUACCUCAGUUGUUCUUGUGCUAACUUUGCUUUUGAUACAGUUUAAAUAGCUAAGUAAUCUUCCUAAUGGUGUAGAGUUGUCAAAAUGUUCAGACUUCAAAUCACUUAAUAAAAAUGGACAUUUUGGUGGAAUAAAUUUAUUUCCAAAUGUUGUUCAUUUACAUUGAAAUAUCUGAAGGCACCUCUAAUUUGGGUGAUGACAGAGGCAAAGAUUUCAAGGUUUAAUUAUUAAACCAGUGGAUGAAAUACUGUGAGGAACACAAAAAUGAGUGGAAAGAUAACUGAUGGGCUUUUUUACUUUCCAAGGAAGGUCAAGUUGUUUUAAUUGCGUCCCAUAGGCAUGUACAAACUAGUUUAAAAAGGGCAUUUUUUUUAUUAUUAUAGCUUUUUAAGUGGAAAGCAUAUAAAUGGUCACAGUAAAAUCUGGGGUUGUGAAAGUUAGUUUUACUGCAUUCUUAGUAUUUAUCAUUUCUUGUAAUUUUGUCCAUGAAAACUAAAAUGCUAUGUAUAUGGUGUUUUGAAAGUUAAAAAUAUUAUGUACAUUGUAUCAAAAUUUACUUGAACUAAAUUGUUUUAUGGACAAUUUUCAUGUGGCAAUUACUAUUAAAUGUGAAUAUACUGUAACUUUGAUUACUAUAGCUCAUAGAUUACAGUAAUUCUUGGUGGUCUGUUAAGGGAAUGGCAGUUAAAUUGUUUUUGAAGUUCAGGCUUGGUGUUCAACUUACCAGCAAGUCCUGUUUCUUGUUUCAAGCUGUAGCUGCCUCAAGAGAUCAUUGCAAAUUCUUCCUAUUAAACCUGUCUCUCAAUUCUUUGACUGUUAACAUGAAGUUAACACGAAGCAAAGGUUGGGGUCUUUUAUGUCCCAUGCCUAGGAAUUGUUUUUCCUAAAGUAUGAUUUUGUACCAUUGUACAGUGGUAAAAAUACAUUUACAACAGGAUAAACAUUUUGACCAUAAAAGGAAAUAUAUAUUGGUUAGUAUUUAAACAAGCAAGAUAAUGGUAAUUUUUUCCCCUUCAGGAGAAAAAAAAGCAAGAGCAGAAGCCGUAGUCAUGAGCGAAAAAGAAGCAAAAGUAAGGAACGGAAGCGAAGUAGAGAUAGAGAGAGGAAAAAGAGCAAAAGCCGGGAAAGGAAACGAAGUAGAAGCAAAGAAAGGAGACGAAGCCGCUCACGAAGUCGAGAUAGAAGAUUCCGAGGCCGCUACAGAAGUCCCUACUCCGGACCAAAAUUUAACAGUGCCAUCCGAGGAAAGAUUGGGUUGCCUCAUAGCAUCAAAUUAAGCAGAAGACGUUCCCGAAGCAAAAGUCCAUUCAGAAAAGACAAGAGCCCUGUGAGGGAACCUAUUGAUAAUCUAACUCCAGAGGAAAGAGACGCAAGGACAGUUUUCUGUAUGCAACUGGCAGCAAGAAUUCGACCAAGGGAUUUGGAAGAGUUUUUCUCUACAGUAGGAAAGGUUCGAGAUGUGAGGAUGAUUUCUGAUAGAAAUUCACGACGUUCCAAAGGAAUUGCUUAUGUGGAAUUCGUUGAUGUUAGUUCAGUGCCUCUAGCAAUUGGAUUAACUGGCCAACGUGUUUUAGGAGUGCCCAUUAUAGUACAGGCAUCACAGGCAGAAAAAAACAGAGCUGCUGCAAUGGCAAACAAUUUACAAAAGGGAAGUGCUGGACCUAUGAGGCUCUAUGUGGGCUCAUUACACUUUAACAUAACUGAAGAUAUGCUUCGGGGGAUCUUUGAGCCUUUUGGAAGGAUUGAAAGUAUUCAGCUCAUGAUGGAUAGUGAAACAGGUCGAUCUAAGGGAUAUGGAUUCAUUACAUUUUCUGAUUCAGAAUGUGCCAAAAAAGCUCUGGAGCAGCUUAAUGGAUUUGAACUAGCUGGGAGGCCAAUGAAAGUUGGUCAUGUUACUGAACGAACUGAUGCUUCUAGUGCUAGUUCAUUUUUGGACAGUGAUGAACUAGAAAGGACUGGAAUUGACUUGGGAACAACUGGUCGUCUCCAAUUGAUGGCAAGACUUGCAGAGGGUACAGGAUUACAGAUUCCCCCAGCAGCACAGCAAGCUUUACAAAUGAGUGGCUCUUUGGCAUUUGGUGCUGUGGCAGAAUUCUCUUUUGUUAUAGAUUUGCAAACACGACUUUCCCAACAGACUGAAGCCUCAGCUUUAGCUGCAGCUGCUUCUGUUCAACCACUGGCAACACAGUGCUUCCAACUUUCUAAUAUGUUUAACCCUCAAACAGAAGAAGAAGUUGGAUGGGAUACAGAGAUUAAAGAUGAUGUGAUUGAAGAAUGUAAUAAACAUGGAGGAGUUAUUCAUAUUUAUGUUGACAAAAAUUCAGCUCAGGGCAAUGUGUAUGUGAAGUGCCCAUCUAUUGCUGCAGCUAUUGCUGCUGUCAAUGCAUUGCAUGGCAGAUGGUUUGCUGGUAAAAUGAUAACUGCAGCGUAUGUACCUCUUCCAACUUACCACAACCUCUUUCCGGAUUCUAUGACAGCAACACAGCUACUGGUUCCCAGUAGACGAUGAAGGAAGACACAGUCCCUUAUGUAUAUAGCUUUUUUUUUUUUUUUUUUCUUGAGAAUUCAUCUUGAGUUAUCUUUUAUUUAGAUAAAAAUAAAGAGGCAAGGGUCUACUGUCAUUUGUAUACAACUCCUGUUAUCUUGAAAAAUAAAAAUGUUAACAGGAAUGCAGUGUGCUCAUUCUCCCUAAAUAGCAAAUCCUACUUUAUGCAAAGCUGUUUGCUUGUUCUGCCGUUUUAAAUGUCCAUGUAGAAAAUUACAUUAAGGAUCUAUAGAAUAGCUCUAGGGAACAUGUGCUUUCUGUGUAAAAGCAGACCGGUAACGUUUGGAUGUUCCAGAAGCCUGACUUUACACAGCACUUAGAUUUCACAUUCCUUCAUGUAUUUGGCUCAUGGUUCAACAAAAGGUCUCUGGAAUGUACAUUUAGUUAUGAAAAUGUCUAGGCAGCCAAGACUCUCUUUAGCAUCUCACCUUGAUCAUUUGGCAAGAAGGGGAUUUCAAAAUUAUAUUUCUUGAUGGUAACUUUUCAAUUAAUGUAUCUGUAAAAGUUUCUUUGUAAAUAAUGUGUGUUUUAGUGUGUCUUGAGAUUCCAAACAAAAUGAUCCCUGCAUUUCCUGAAGAUGGUUGAUGUAACAGUUUGAGCAAAGCAGUCUGGGGAAGAGAGGAAAUGCAGAAAUAGGUUUUGUCUGGUUGCAUAUAAUCUUUGCUCUUUUAAGCUCUGUGAGCUCUGAAAUAUAUUUUUGGGUUACUUCAGUGUGUUUGACAAGACAGCUUGAUAUUUCUAUCAAACAAAUGACUUUCAUAUUGCAACAAUCUUUGUAAGAACCACACAAAUAAAAUUCUCUGAAAAAGGUCAUAAGA